AUGGUGCUGCCAAGUAAGGGUGAUCACGUCUGGGUGGACUCCGGCAUCGGGGUCCCGAUUGGAGCCCGGAUCAAACUCAUAGACGGCAAACAGAUUCAGCUGAUCGACGAUGACGGGAAGGAGCUGCGUAUUUCGGAGGGGGCGCCGAUGUCCCUCAGGCUCAUGCACCCCACGUCGGUGGAGGGGGUGGACGACAUGAUCAGACUGGGGGAUCUGAGCGAGGCGGGGGUGCUCAGGAACCUACUGACCCGCCACAGACAGGGCUUCAUCUACACCUACAUCGGCUCGGUGCUGGUGGCGGUGAACCCGUACCAGGUGCUGCCCAUCUACACGGCCGAGCAGGUUCACCUGUACCACGGGCGGCGGCUGGGUGAGCUGCCCCCCCACGUCUUCGCCAUCGCUGAGUCCUGCUACUACAACAUGUGCCGCUACCAGCGCAACCAGUGCUGUAUCAUCAGUGGAGAAUCCGGUGCAGGUAAGACAGAAAGCACGAAGCUGAUCCUGCAGUUCCUGGCGGCGGUGAGCGGCCGAAACUCGUGGAUCGAGCAGCGGAUUCUCCAGGCAAAUCCGGUCCUGGAAGCGUUCGGAAACGCCAAGACCGUCCGGAACGAUAACUCCAGCCGCUUCGGGAAGUACAUCGAGAUCUUCUUCAGCAGGGAGGGCGUGAUCGAGGGUGCUCACAUGGAGCAGUACCUGCUGGAGAAGUCUCGGGUCUGCCAUCAGGCCCCUGAGGAGAGGAACUAUCACAUUUUCUACUGCAUGUUACGUGGGAUGCAGGAGGAGCAGAAGAAAGUUCUGGCGCUGGGCGACGCCUCACAGUUUAAAUACCUGACUGAGGGCAACUGCAUCACGUGCGACGGGCGCGAUGACGAGGAGGAGUUCGGCCGCAUCCGCUCGGCCCUCAGGGUGCUGACCUUCACCGAGAGGGAAUGCUGGGAUAUAUUUAAACUGCUGGCGGCGGUUCUGCACAUGGGCAACGUUAGCUUCGAAGCUGGAAUAAUGAACAACAUGGACGCCUGUGGUGUUCUGUCAUCCGAUCAUUUCACUAUGGUCGCUAAGUUGCUAGAGGUUGAUAAAAUGUUUCUGGCCACCGGUUUGACCUUCCGCACGUUCGUGACCAAACAGGAGCGAGUGACCAGACCUCUGAGUUUAGAACAGGCCCUGGACUGCAGAGACGCGCUGGCCAAGGCCGUGUACAGAAAACUCUUCGUGUGGAUUUUCGAGAAGAUAAACGGCGCCAUCUACAAACCUCAGCUCAACACCCGCCGCUCCAUCGGCCUGCUGGAUAUAUUCGGCUUUGAAAAUUUCACCAAGAACAGUUUUGAGCAGCUGUGCAUCAACUACGCUAACGAGCAGCUGCAGCAGUUCUUCGUGGAGCACAUCUUCAAGCUGGAGCAGGAGGAGUACCUGAAGGAGGGCAUCACCUGGAAGCACAUGAGCUUCACCGACAACCAGCUCACGCUCGACCUGCUGGCGCUGAAACCCCUCAACGUGCUGGCGCUGAUCGACGAGGAGAGUCACUUCCCCAAGGGAACAGACGUGUCCAUGCUGAACAAACUCACCGAGUCACACCACAACAACACCAUCUACGUCUCGCCCGGGAGGAGCCACAGCCUGCAGUUCGGCAUCAGGCACUUCGCCGGCGUCGUUCACUACGACUGUAACGGCUUCCUGGAGAAGAACCGAGACGCUCUGAGUCUGGACAUCAUCACGCUCAUCCAGAAAUCAUCCAGCCAGCUGCUGAGGCGGAUCUUCGACGCCGAGCUGAGCGCCAACGCCCCCAAACCCGUCAACAGCAAGAUCAUCUUCAGCGGCAAGAAGCUGUUUCGCUCCAUGCAGCAGGUGAACGGAGUGCGGCGGCAGACGUCCACGCUGAGCGGUCAGUUCCGACAGUCCCUGGACACAUUGAUGAAGACCCUCUCGCUGUGCCAGCCCUUCUUCAUCCGCUGUUUCAAGCCCAACAACACCAAGCUCUCCGCGGUCUUCGAUCGUGAGCUGUGCGCCCAGCAGCUGAGCUACUCCGGGAUGCUGGAGACCAUCAGGAUCCGCAAGUCCGGGUUUCCGAUCCGCCACAAGUUUGAGGAAUUUCUGGGACGUUACCGAGUCCUGCUAAAGACCACGGACUGCGACCCCAAACGGGAACCCGCGGCGACCUGCUGCGACGCCAUCUGCAGAGCCGUGAUCCAGGACCAGGACGACUGGCGCGUCGGCAAGACCAAGAUCUUCCUCAGGGAUCAUCACGACUCGUUCCUGGAGCUGGAGAGAGAACGUGAGCUCAACAGGAAAGCUCUGAUCAUCCAGAGAGUCAUGAUGGGACACCGAGACAGAAAGGAGUUUGUUAGGAAGAGGAGCGCCGCAGUGACCGUGCAGAAGUAUUGGCGCCGCUACAGGGAGCAGAUCCGCCUCCGCAAACUGCGCCGGGGUUUUGUGCGUCUCCAGGCGGCGGUGCGCGCCCGGCAGGACCGCCUGCGCUACCUGCGUCAACGGGCGGCCGCCGUCAAGCUGCAGAGCCACAUGAGAGCCUACGUCGCCAGGAAGCGGUACAGACGCGAGCGGGACGCCGCCGUCCUGCUGCAGGCGCAGACCAGGAGGCUCCUCGCCAGGAAAGGCGCCAAACGAGUCAAAGACGAUGUGAGAACCUUUUGUUUAGCUUCUUCAGGUGGCAGGAAAUGCACACAGCACCCCCUGCAGGCUGGCGACACGCCUGCGAAGUUCCAGUUGGCUCAGGAGAAGCAGAGAGGAGAACUGGCAGCUUUAGAGUGUCAGCGCCGACCUGACCUGAGACCUGAGGUGGUCAUCAAGCUGUCAGAGGAAAGCGAAGAUAAAACAGACCACAGCAGUGAUGAGGAACUGGUGGAGAGCUCGUUCAUUUUCCUCUCGAAAAGCACAGAGAAGCAGGAGGAACCUGCUCAGAAACCAGCUCAGAAACCAGUAUCACGAGCAGUGGAGCAGAAGAAGGUGAAGGUGACCGAGGAGGUUGUGCAGAUUGUUGUAACCCCAGCAGAAGAUGAAGAACCUGAGGAAGAGGAGGAGAAUGAGGAUGAUGAUGAUGAUGAUGAUCUCUCCUUCUCAAAUUUUGCCACGCUGCACUUCCAGAACUCGGCGACUCACAGCCACAUCCAGCAGAGACUGAAACAGCCGCUGCUCUACCACGAGGAUGAAGGAGAUUCUCUGGCGUGUUUAACGGUCUGGUGGAUCAUCCUGAGGUUUAUGGGCGAUAUUCCUGAGCCCAGGCAGGCGCGUCUGUCUGUGACCGCCGACCUCAUCCAGCAGAACCUGGAUCAGCGGCAGGGGCGUCGCCUCAGUCACCUGGUCGGUUUGGAUCAGAAAAUCCUGCGCAGGAAGCAGAAACAGCAGAAACUGGACACCAAGAGGAGGAAACACUCGGCUAUUCUCGAGGAGUUGAAUGAAGAGACUCCGAAUGGUCUGAACACCCUUGAAGAGGAGGACGUUCUGAUUGGGGAGGGACCCAGCUUCGAUCGUCCCAUGACACCUCUGGAGAAAUUACACAUCAUCGUGGGGUACGCCCUGAGGCGACCCAAUAUUCGAGAUGAGAUCUACUGUCAGAUCUGUAAGCAGUUAAUGAAGAAUAAAGAUCGUCUGAGCUGUAACCGCGGCUGGGUUCUACUGACCGUCUGUCUGGGCAUCUUCCCUCCAACUGAGCGGCUAACUAAAUACCUGAGGAAGUUUGUACGUGGUGGUCUGGUGGAGUUCUCCUCCUCCUGUGCAGAACAUCUGCGGCGGACGCUGCUGAACGGAGAGAGGAAGGAGGUGCCGUGCUGGGUGGAGCUGAAUGCGGUGGAGGAUCAGAAGCCCCUGCAGGUGAAGGUGACCCUGACGGACGGGCGUGUCCUCACGCUGCCUGUAGACUCCUGCAGCACGUCAGCAGAAGUGUGCAGCAGCAUCGCUCAGCUCAUCGGCCUGAAGGACAUGUUCGGCUUCUCGCUCUACAUCUCCUGCUUCGACAAGAACUGGUCUCUUGGCAGCAGUGGGCACCAUGUCCUGGAUGCCAUCUCUCAGUGCGAGCAGGAACAGAGGAGGAACGGGCAGGAGGAGGAGUUCACCCCGUGGCGUCUCUCCUUUAAGAAGGAGCUCUUCACCCCGUGGCACGACUGCAUGGACGACCUUAUCAGCACCGACCUGAUCUACACGCAGAUCGUCCACGACCUGAAGAGCGGAGAGUACCAGUGUGAUAAGGAGGACGACUACGUGCAGCUGGCAGCGAAGCAUCACUACAUCAAAUACGGCGCGGAGAGCAGCCGGGAGACGACCAGGAGCGUGGUGUGGGAGUGCAUGAACGUCACCCUGAUCGAGAGCAAGUCUGAAGCUAAACUGGUGCAGCUCGUCAGCUCAGCUCUGGGUCUAUACAUCAGCUCCGGGGCGAGUGCUGACCUGGUGAAGGCUGAGGUGGUGAAUUACGCUCGUCUCCGGUGGUCCAUCUUCUUCUCCAAAUUCUUCGAGGCCUCCUUGUUUGCGGGUCCUCCUUUGCCUCAGGAGAAGUUUGUGGUUGCUGUUAACUGUCACGGAGUCUCGUUCCAGCAGGGAAGAGAGCAGAUCUUCCUCCAGCUCUCCUACCCAGAGAUCACAGAAGUUCAGAUACGCAGUGUGGGGCAGGUUGGAGAGGUAGCGUGUCUGUCCACACUGAGGGGCGAGUACAAGCUGAAGGUAGGAAAGUCCCACAGCAUGGUGGAGCUGCUCUCCACGUUCCUCACCGGACUGAAGGAACGCUCCAUCUACGCCGUGGCCGCGCUGGACGGCAGCAAGCCAGAUGAUCCAGCGUUCUGGGCCUGUAAAAAAGAUCUCAUCUACCUCAUUAAAGACGACGGGUUCCCUCCCGACGCGGGUUCGAUCAGAGGGAGGAACGAGAGAACCGGUCAAACCGAAACCCUGUCCACAGACACCGUCAUGAUCCUGCCCACCAUGAGCCUGCCGUCCGACGAACUCCUGGCUCUGCUGAACCCAAACCCGAGGAAGUCGGUCAUGAACGCCCCGGUGAAGGAGGACAUGAACUCAGACAGAUUGGCUCUUAUUUCAUUAAAGGAGUUCGCCGCCGAACAUUUCAGGGAGGCGGGUAAGGAAGCAGGACGGGCGGGUCGAGGUGGAACCCGAGAGAAACUCUGGGCUCGAUCCAAAGAGCCUCUCAAACAACCACUGAUGAAGAGCCUGCAGAAGAACUCAGACCUGAACCAGCUCGCCAUCAUCUCGUUCACUGCCAUCAUGAAGUACAUGGGCGACCAUCCAAUCAAAAUCACCCGGAACCCAGUGGAACUGACCGAUCAGAUCUACGGCCCCGCCCUGCAGCACCCCGACCUGAGGGACGAGGUCUACUGUCAGAUCAUGAAGCAGAUGAGCAGCAACAACAACGGGAUGAGUCUGGAGCGUGGUUGGCAGCUGCUCUGGCUCUGCUGUGGACUUUUCCCUCCCAGUUCGGUUUUACUGAGACACGUUCAGCGCUUCCUGGAGUCCCGACACAGAGAACCUCUUUCAGUCGCCUGUCUCCAGAGACUACAGGGCAUGCUCAGCAUUGAUCCCAGAUCGAUGCCGCCUCACCAGGUGGAGGUAGAAGCCAUCCAGAAGAACAGCUCUCAGAUCUUCCACAGAAUUCAUUUUCCUAACGACACCUCAGAGAUCAUUGAAGUCACCACCACCCUGAGGGUUCGAGACCUGUGCCAGAACAUCGCCGCUAACCUCACGCUCUCCUCCGCCGACGGCUACAGUCUGUUCGUCAAAACCGCCAGCAAGGUCGUCAGCAUGGAGCACCAGCAGUACUUUUUCGACAACCUGAAGCUCCUCACAGACGCCCCCAAGAAAGGAAAGAAGGUUAAAGAGGGAAGCCCCACCACUGUUCCAUACCUGGUGCUGUUCAUGAGGAAACUGUGGUUUAAUGUGAUUCCUGGGAAAGAUCUGACCGCAGACCUCACCUUCCACUUCCCUCAGGAAGUGCCGAAGUACCUGCGCGGGUUUCACAGCGUCUCUAAAGAGGAGAUGACCAGCCUGGCAGGGCUACUGUUCAGGGUCCGGGUGGAUACUGACCGCUCACAGUUCGUCAUGAUUCCCAGGAUGCUGAAGGACCUGGUACCGUCCGAUCAGCUGAAGAUCAUGUCCAGUGAGGACUGGAAGAAGAACAUCAUCGGCGCGUACAACAAGCAGGCGGGCACCACAGUGGACGAGGCUAAGGUCAGCUUCCUGAAGACCAUCUCCCGCUGGCCCACGUUCGGCUGCGCCUUCUUCGAAGUGAAGCAAACGUCUGACCGCUUUUAUCCCAACGUUAUCACCAUCUCCAUCAGUAAGCAGGGGGUCAGCCUGAUCGACCCCAAAACAAAGGAGGUGCUGAUCAUGCACCCGUUCAGUAAAAUCACCAACUGGUCCAGUGGAAGCACCUACUUCCACCUGACCAUCGGAAACCUGGUGAAGGGCAGCACCCUGCUGUGUGAGACCUCGAUGGGCUACAAGAUGGACGACCUGCUGAACUCGUACGUGAACAUGUACCUGGACGAGAGGACGACGGUCCAACCGCGAUACCAGUUCUUCACUUAAUCAGCGAACGUCCGGUGCAUCUCACGUCCAGCUGAGGCGUCAUAUAGGAUUUAUUUUAUUAAUUUAACUUAGACGUAUUAUAGAGGUUAUACGUGUUUAAAAAUGCCAGGAGAAGAAGCUUCUGGGUGCUGGGGUGGUGCAACACGAUCUCAAGCUCUCAAGUUCGAAUCUCAGCUCAUCUGAACACGAUUGGCUGUGUGUAUGUAGGGGGCGGGACGAUGGCCGAGACAGGGUUUCCUGUCACUUGUGUAACUGCGGCCUCUGGUGAGGCGUCUGCAGGAGGGGCGGUUGAUCACAGAUGGCCCUGACAGGUGAAAAGAAGUGAUCCGCAUCAGCAAGGAAAGAGAGAGAGAGUUCAGCUGCAGAAGCUUCUUAAAUCCUCUGAUUUUAACCACAAAUAGCAACUAAAAAAUUAUAAUUAUUUAAUUUUACGACUCAAUUUCGUCCUCCGACAAUCCAGAGAAUCCAGCUGUUUCUGAAAUAAAAUUCUGCAUGAAUAAA